AUGGCCUUUCCCGCACCUCCAGUCCCCAAGUCUGUCCUUGGCCGCCACCGUAUCCUCGCUCCCAGCGCUGGUGUCCGCGUCUCUCCCCUCUGCCUUGGCGCCAUGAACUUCGGCGAUGCGUGGAAAGACUCUCUCGGCGAAUGCACCAAAGACACUGCCUUUGCCAUGCUUGACUACUUCUACAGUCAGGGUGGAAACUUCAUCGACACCGCUGUAAACUACCAAUUCGGCGAGAGCGAGCAGUGGCUCGGCGAGUGGAUGGAAUCCCGCGGCCGACGGGACGAAAUUGUCCUCGCUACAAAGUUCACCGGCGGACAGUAUCAAAAUCUCGGAGAUAAGAUCAUCCAGAGCAACUUCAGCGGAAACAGCACGAAGAACAUACAUACGAGCGUGAAGCGGUCGCUCAAAAACCUGCGAACAGACUACAUCGACUUGUACUACAUCCAUCUAUACGAUCAUACAACCUCCGUUCCUGAACUCAUGCACACACUCAAUACGCUCGUCUCCCAGCGCCUCGUCCUCUACCUCGGCAUCAGUGACACCCCCGCCUGGCUCGUCGUAAAGUGCAACGACUACGCGCGCCAGCACGGCCUGCGUCCCUUUUCCGUGUACCAAGGGCGUUGGGGCGCCGGCUGCCGCGACCUCGAACGCGAUGUAAUCCCCAUGUGUCUUUCCGAAGGGAUGGCGAUCGCUCCCUGGGGCGUGCUCGGAGGCGGCGGAUUUAAGAAGGCAGAAGUCAAGGAGAAGGAAGGGACGCGCGCGCUGCAGGUAGGCUCGAAGUCGCGCGACGAACAAGUCCGCAGCGUGCUUGAAAAGGUCGCGGAGAAGAAAGGUACGGGCGCAACGAGCGUGGCGCUUGCAUAUGUGCUCCACAAAGCACCAUAUGUAUUCCCUAUCAUCGGCGGGCGCAAAGUGGACUACCUUGGCCAGAACAUCGAAGCGCUGAAGUUGAAGCUGGACGCUGAGGAUAUGGCCUCUAUUGAUGCGGCGUAUGGCUUUGAGAUUGGCUUCCCGCAUGAUUUCUUGUCUGGUGGAAACCAUAUGGUGCUGGGACCAGAGCAUAAUGCGUUCAAUGGAAGGGGAGGGUACUUUGAUUAUCCCGAGAGCGUGAAGCCAACGAAGCCGCAUGAGGGGCCAUUGGAUAGGCAAGUUGCGGGGCUGCCGUUGGGACAAGCGAAGCCAAAGGGUGAUGCGGAAGAGAACUUUUGA